GACAGUCGCUGCGGCUCGAGCUGGGGGGACUUCAGCCUCGUCUUUAAUCAACGGAAUUUAAUUAGCGUUUUAUAACGGGUUUAAAAAAAUAAAAUAAAAUUGGUUAAAAAAGUUAAAUUUUAAAACAUUUUCUACACUGUAAUCUCUCUCUCUCUAUAUAUAUAAUAACAUACCGCAAACAUACAAACGAACCGACUUCUGCCACCUGAAGGAAACUCGAUAUCAAACAAAAAUACAGAUAUAUAUAUAUUUUUUAAUAUAAAGACCUGUCUAAUUCAACGCUUUUUUUUUUCUUAUUAUUGAAAAAAAAAACAUUGGCUGUACUUUUUUUUUUAUUUUGACCGAAAGAAUUUUUCCCGUUUGACCCAAUUUAUUUUCCGAGAGAACAAUUCUGCGCUGCUCAGACAAGACAGCGACUGAGUUUUUGUAAACCCAUUAUUAUUUUUUAAAGAAAAAUAUCUUCGUUCCACCGUGACCACAGAGUCCUGUACAAAGUGCGAUUCAUUUAUUUUUUUACCUUUUUUCUUUGAACCGGAUCGUUCCUAUUUUUACUGCUUUAUUGUGGAAAAUGGCGGCGGUUGAAAUGGUGCAAAUGCUCCUGGAAGCUGCAGAUUACUUAGAAAGGAGAGAAAGAGAAGCAGAACAUGGGUACGCGUCCAUGUUGCCGUACACCAGCGUCAAAGAAAGAGACAGUGCGAAGCGGAGAAAUAAAUCAAAGAGCUCGGGCAGCAGGUCAACGCACAAUGAAAUGGAGAAAAACAGACGGGCUCAUUUACGGUUGUGCUUGGAGCGUUUGAAAUCUCUCGUACCACUGGGACCAGAUUCUAAUAGGCACACCACCCUCAGCUUGCUAAUGAAAGCCAGAGUGCACAUAAAGAAACUAGAAGAGAGCGAUAAGAGAUCCCAGCACCAGCUAGACCAGUUGCAGCGUGAGCAGAGGCAUCUGAAGAGGAGACUGGAGCAGCUGGGAGUGGAGAGGAUACGGAUGGACAGCACCGGGUCCACUGUCUCAUCCGAGAAGUCCGACUCUGACCAAGAGGAGAUCGACGUGGACGUGGAAGGGACUGACUACCUGAUAGGGGACCUGGACUGGAGCAACAGCAGCAUCAGUGACUCUGACGAGAGAGGCAGCCUGCGGAGCAGCUGCAGUGACGAGGGUUACUCCAGUGCCAGCCUCAUGAGACUAAAACUGCAGCAGCUCUCCCCCGGCCCCAGCAAACCACCAGCAACAGCAGCAGCAGCAGCAGCAGCGCUAGGCAGCAGCCUGUAAGAGAGGAUAGCCGACCAGCAAGACAGCAGCAGCAACAAGCAACGACAAGCAACAAGCAUCGACCACCACACAGCUCUCCUCUCUGCCCAGUUGAACCCAGUCAAACCUGCUCGCGAACAGCACAUCAAACCGGGUCGGUCCGCCUUUUGGUAUCCAGAGACCAGUUUCUCAAAGCUAGCACUUAUAUGGAUCUGUUUUCAUUAUUUUAAAAUAGUAUGAGAACGUUUUGUAAAUUUCCACUCAGCAAGUGUAUAUUCUUUAAAGCAUAAAUGUGUUAUUUUUAUUUGUAGGGAAGUGAAUUGGAUUUAGCACUGUUAGUUAGAACUACUUUCUAAAACUAGCCCCUGGUUGAUUUCCAAACUAGUGACGUGAGGAGGCUAGAAUCAAAGUGGCGCCCCCCCUCUCACUCUCUCAUGUGCCUCUCCAGGGUUUGGAUCCUGCUUACCAAGUAACUGGUGACUAAGCUGAUCUGUUGGCCUCAGCUAAGGCUGCAUUUCUGCAUUUUUAACAGGCUGAACCUGUUUGUGCGUAAACGCCACUUUCAACUAUCCCAUGCAUUUUCAGUGGGGGAAAAAAAAGAGGAUCUAUAUUGUACUUUUAUUUAAGGUUUUACAAAGCUCUGUAUUGAAAAAGUUAAAGGAUUGAUAAAAAAAAAAAGCUUACAGAACGAACGCACUGGUGCUUUUUGUUCUGUGUUUAUUCACGGAAAUACCAACAAAGAAAAAAGGUGCCUCACUUUGAUUCUAGCUUUGCCCAGUAUAAAGACCAGCAUUCUCCAGAGUGGUCUAUACAAACUAGAGGUGGGCCUGUCUGUACAGCUGCUCUUCGCUCCAUACAGCGAGACUGCAGGAUUCUUUCUUCAUUAAAGAACGUGUGUGUCUCCUUUUUUUUAAUUUAUUUAAAAACAUUUUCAUUAUAUCUUGCUGUUUUAGAAUUUUUUUUUUUUUAUUAUUUAAAUGAAAGAGGACUGAUGUGCAGCAUUGGAAAGUGUGUGUCACCAAACAAAAAAUUACCUCGAAUUCUCUCUCUGGUCUGAAGGUUUAUCUUACUUCAGUGAAUUCUUUUAAUUUUUUUUUUUUUUUUUUUUUUUUUUAAUAUUGUUUAUUUUUAUUUAAUCACACGUAUAUCUUUAAAAAAAAAAAAAAAAAAAAAAACGACUUAAUGAAACACAAAAGCACAUUCCAGAUACUGGAAGCAUUUAAAUGUGUUUGUUUGUAGGUUAGUUAGUGGGCGAGAGGUUUGCCAAUUCUCUCUCUUGAAAAAAGAAAAGAAAAAAAGGAGUCAGUCAGUGUUUUUAUUUAUUGACCACCUUGGUAAAAACCUCACUGUUUCGACUGUAAAAAUCACAAAAAAAUAAAAUAAAUUAAAAAAAAAAAAAGGUUCUUCAGCUGUAGCAAUAGUUCAUAGACCCAUCAGUGUCUGCUAUUUUUAAUAUAAACCUAUUUUAUUAUUUCCGCAAAAUGUAGCAAACGUUAUGUAAAUAAAACAAAAAAAUAUAUAAAAAUAUAUGUAUAAAGUAUUUAUAUAUGUUGUGAAAAUACAAAAAAAUUAUUUAAGUAUAUAUUUAGAUAGUUACUUAUUGCUUGUUAAAUGCUGCUGUUGUGUUUUGGAGUUUUAGAGUUAUAUAUAUAUAUAUAUAUAUUCACAGUACGUAGUUUUAAGGCAUUUUUACUUUGCUGUAGAGAGAAUUAAUUUUACAAAGCCCUCCCUGUCAGGUUUGUUUUGAUUCAAAAGAUAGCAUUAAAUAUCAGGGUGUAGAAGUCAGUAUUUUUCUAAUGGGCCUUUUCUAAUUGCCUCAUGUACUGUAUGAACUGUCAAAGAAAACUAACUUUACUUGGAUAGCUGUGCCUAUCUUUUAAAUGUGGCAUGUGCUUCGUCAGAUUGAAACACGUUCAACAUCUGCUAGGCUUUCUGAAGUAGAUUUCCCUUUUUGAUUUUUUUGUUGUUUU